ACCCUGUGUGUUCUCAGGAUGAUCACUAAGAUCAGCUCUCAGAUCAGCAAGAAGGAGGAGAAGAGGAGCCUGUUCGGGAUAAAACCGACCAGAUAUCACGAACCAGCAGAAGCAGCGGCAGAGGUUCAGGGUUGGGGUGCCGACGAGUUUUCGGAGGAAGAGUUGGACGAUGACUACGAGGACCCGGACAGCGGGGGGGACGGGGGGGGCAGCGACUACGAGUCCCCGAUGGACGACGAUAACAACGACUACGAGCCCCCCCCCUCCGAGCCCCCGGAGGACAUGGCGCUCAAACUGGGGCCACCCCGCCCGCUGGGGGACGGGGUAUACAUCGGCCACCCCCCUGCUGUGUGUCCCCGCCCCCCCGCCCCCAGCCUCUCCGUACCGUCAGGUGAGCACUCCUCCAGAAGAGACCCCUCCCCUCGCGGCGGGGGGAGAAAAUUUCCUCCGGGGCCCCCGCCGAUUCUUCGUGUGAACAAACCAGGUCGAGACUCGGGACCGAACCCGUCCCCCAUCAGAGGACCUCAUCGCAACACAGUGGAAAAGCCGGGCGCUAACUCUUGGAGGCCUCAGCCAGACGAUCCUCCGGUCUGGAACAAACCUGCAACUCUUCCCCCGACCCCGACCCCGACCUCCGUCAGCCGGAGCGACUCCUCCGCCAGACCGGCUGCCACCAGGUUUGAGGCGAGGAGAGAGCAAACCUACAAUGAAGCUCCUAAAAAUAACACCUUUCCCCUUCAAAAUAAGAGUCAGCCCCCCCGCCCCGGACGCCCCUCUCGCCAAGGAGACAGCCUUCCUCCCAGCCUUCCCUCGGCCGGCUCUCUGCCCCACAAACUGCAACCUGGCUUCGGAGGAUCUGACAGACAAUCGUUUCGUCCUACGCCACCUACAGCAGCACCUGUACAGGACCUGGACCCCAGCUGGUACGUGGGGAGAGUGACCCGAGGUCAGGCGGAGGGGAGUCUGCAACAAGUCAACAAGGACGGAGCCUUCCUGGUCAGAGACAGCACUCGGCAGUUGGCUCAGCAGCCGUUCACUCUGAUGGUUUUGUUCCAGCAGAAAGUUUUCAACAUUCAGAUCAGAGAGCAGGCGGGGAACUUCCUGCUGGGAACAGGGCUCAAAGUCAAAGAGUCGUUCCCCUCAGUGAGCAACAUCGUAUCCCAUUACUCCCAGUCCCCACUCCUGCUCAUCGAUGCUAAGAACCGAGGCUCAGGACAGCAGAACCAGUGCCUGCUUUCAGAACCUGCCGGGCCCCACAUGGGCCAGAACCAGUGGAGCUGACCAGAACCAGUGGAGCUGACCAGGACCACUGGAGCUGACCUGGACCAGUGGAGCUGACCUGGAUCAGAACCAGUGGAGCUGACUCAGAACCAGUGGAGCUGACUGGGACCACUGGAGCUGACCUGGACCAGUGGAGCGGACCUUGAUCAGAACCAGUGGAGCUGACUGGGACCACUGGAGCUGACUCAGAACCAGUGGAGCUGACUCAGGACCAGUGGAGCUGACUCAGAACCAGUGGGGCUGACUCAGAACCAGUGGGGCUGACUCAGAACCACUGGAGCUGACUCAGAACCAGUGGAGCUGACUCAGGACCAGUGGAGCUGACUCAGAACCAGUGGGGCUGACUCAGAACUAGUGGAGCUGACUCAGAACCAGUGGGGCUGACUCAGGACCAGUGGAGCUGACUCAGAACCAGUGGAGCUGACUCAGGACCAGUGGAGCUGACUCAGAACCAGUGGAGCUGACUCAGGACCAGUGGGGCUGACUCAGGACCAGUGGAGCUGACUCAGAACCAGUGGGGCUGACUCAGAACCAGUGGAGCUGACUCAGAACCAGUGGAGCUGACUCAGAACCAGUGGGGCUGACUCAGAACCAGUGGAGCUGACUCAGAACCAGUGGAGCUGACUCAGAACCAGUGGGGCUGACUCAGGCUUCAUACAGUUCCUCAACGUGAUGGAAAAAUAUCCUGUGAGUCAAAAUAAUGAGAAAUAAAGACUUAGUUUGAAAUGACUUAGUGUCUCAAAAUAGUGACUUAAAACCCAAAUAAUGACUUAGUUUCUCCUCCGAGCCCUCUGUGGGAUGUGUUUCUCAGUGAUGGGUUUCUCCUCCGAGCCCUCUGUGGGAUGUGUUUCUCAGUGAUGGGUUUCUCCUCCGAGCCCUCAGUGGGAUGUGUUUCUCAGUGAUGGGUUUCUCCUCCGAGCCCUCAGUGGGAUGUGUUUCUCAUAGUGAUGGGUUUCUCCUCCGAGCCCUCAGUGGGAUGUGUUUCUCAGUGAUGGGUUUCUCCUCCGAGCCCUCUGUGGGAUGUGUUUCUCAGUGAUGGGUUUCUCCUCCGAGCCCUCUGUGGGAUGUGUUUCUCAUAGUGAUGGGUUUCUCCUCCGAGCCCUCAGUGGGAUGUGUUUCUCAGUGAUGGGUUUCUCCUCCGAGCCCUCUGUGGGAUGUGUUUCUCAGUGAUGGGUUUCUCCUCCGAGCCCUCAGUGGGAUGUGUUUCUCACAGUCAUGGUUACAGGAUGUUUUGGAUCACGACCCAGACCAAGUCUUCUUCUGUUUCAACACCUUCAAAUAGAAAAGCUCCAACUUCUGUGUAAUAAAUAAUAAAUAUUGUAAACAAUAA